UUCCAAGAAUAGAGUAAAUGAGAUGUUAAAAGAAAAUAAAAAAGUAAAACCAAAGCAGAUUAAGAACAAAGGCCCAAAAACUAAAGAGAAGCAAUCCAACCAAGCAAAAAACCCCUAGUCGAUCUAAAACCCUAGCCGGAAAUGGGCGAUUCUUCCACCGCCGGCAACGGCAACUAUCUGCCGCCGACAACUCCCAAACUUCCGAUACCGGGCAAACGGAAUAUCCUCAUCACAAGCGCUUUGCCAUACGUCAACAACGUUCCUCACCUCGGAAACAUCAUCGGAAGUGUGUUGAGUGCGGACGUGUUCGCGAGAUACUGUAGGCUUCGGGAUUACAAUGCAAUAUACAUGUGUGGUACUGAUGAAUAUGGCACGGCUACUGAGACUAAAGCUUUGGAAGAAAAUUCUACUCCCAAGCAAAUUUGUGACAAAUACCAUGCAAUUCAUAGAGAAGUUUAUAAAUGGUUUGAUAUAAGCUUCGAUCAAUUUGGACGCACGUCUACUCCACAACAGACGGAAGUUUGUCAGGCGAUCUUUAACAAGCUUUGGGAGAAUAAUUGGCUCUCUGAGAACACUAUGCAGCAGCCGUACUGUGACACAUGCAAAAAGUUUUUGGCGGACCGGCUUGUAGAGGGUAACUGCCCGACACCAGGUUGCAACUAUGAUUCUGCACGUGGAGAUCAAUGUGAGAAGUGUGGGAAACUCUUAAAUCCCACUGAACUGAAGGAUCCAAGAUGCAAGGUUUGUCGUAACACCCCUUGCAUCCGAGAUACAGACCAUUUGUUCCUUGAGCUCCCUUUGCUAAAGGAUAAAUUAGAAACUUACGUCAACAACAUGUCAGUGUCUGGAGGAUGGAGUCAGAAUGCUGUCCACACAACAAAUGCCUGGCUUAGAGAAGGACUAAAGCAAAGGUGUAUAACUAGAGAUUUGAAAUGGGGGGUUCCAGUUCCACAUGAAAAAUACAAGGAGAAGGUUUUCUACGUGUGGUUCGAUGCUCCUAUUGGAUAUGUAUCAAUAACAUCAUGCUACACAACGGAGUGGGAGAAGUGGUGGAAGAAUCCAGAGAAUGUGGAGCUCUAUCAGUUUAUGGGCAAAGAUAACGUGCCUUUUCACACUGUGAUUUUCCCAUCUACACUGCUUGGAACUGGUGAAAACUGGACUCUUAUGAAGACUAUCAGUGUAACAGAAUACUUGAACUAUGAAGCAGGCAAGUUCUCGAAGAGUAAGGGCAUAGGAGUAUUCGGUAAUGAUGCAAAAGAUACAAACAUUCCUGUAGAAGUAUGGAGAUAUUACUUGCUGACAAACAGGCCAGAGGUGUCGGACACUUUGUUUAGCUGGGCAGAUUUACAAGCAAAGUUAAACAGCGAGUUGCUAAGCAACUUAGGCAAUUUCGUCAAUAGAGUCCUAAGUUUCAUUGCAAAAGAUCCGGUUUCAGGUUAUGGUUCCAUAAUUCCCAAUCCUGAAGGAGCUGAAUCACACCCUUUAACUAAGGCCUUGGGUGAAAAAGUUGGAAAUUAUGUGGAGCAAUAUAUAGAAGCUAUGGAGAAGGUUAAAUUGAAGCAAGGCUUGAAGAUUGCUAUGUCUAUUUCUGGAGAAGGAAACGGUUAUUUGCAAGAGAGCCAAUUCUGGAAACUUUACAAGGAAGAUAAGCCAUCGUGUUCCAUAGUGAUGAGUACUGCUGCUGGCCUAGUGUAUCUUCUUGCAUGUCUUUUAGAGCCAUUUAUGCCAUCCUUUUCACGUGAGGUGCUUAAGCAGCUGAACUUUCCUCCUGAAACACAAGUUUCACUGGCUGAUGAAAGAGGGGACAUUGAAAAAAGCAAACGACCAUGGCAUAUUCUACCUGCAGGACACAAAAUUGGAAUACCAGCACCAUUGUUCAAGGAGCUGAAAGAUGAAGAAGUUGAAUUUUACAGAGAGAAGUUUGCCGGAAGUCAAGCGGAUAGGAAUCUGAAGGCAGAAGCUGAGGCAAAGAAGAUCACUGAUCAAUUGAACAAAGCAAAAAUCUCUGAUGCUAAUAAGAAGAAAGAACGUGCUACAAAACCUUCUGUAGCCAAAUCUAAGGGGUCAGCCUCUGUUGAAGCAGAAAUUUCGAUUAGCAGACUCGAUAUUCGUGUUGGUCUCAUUACAAGAGCACAGAAACAUCCCGAUGCUGAUUCAUUGUAUGUUGAAGAGAUAGAUGUUGGUGAAGCUCAGCCCAGAACUGUUGUUAGUGGCCUUGUAAAUUAUAUUCCUCUUGAGGAAAUGCAGAAUCGGAAGGUUUGUGUUCUAUGCAACCUAAAACCAGCAAGCAUGCGGGGCAUAAAAUCCCAGGCAAUGGUUCUUGCUGCUUCCAGUAGUGAUCACACUAGGGUUGAACUAGUUGAGCCACCUAAAGAUGCUGCCAUUGGUGAAAGAGUAACGUUCCCUGGGUUUGAUGGCACUCCCGAUGAUGUCUUGAACCCUAAGAAGAAGGUUUGGGAAACUCUUCUGGUGGACCUGCACUCAAAUAAGGAGUUGGUCGCUUGCUAUAAAGAUUUACCAUUCACCACUUCAGCUGGUGUUUGCAAAGUUGCAUCCAUUUCUGAAGGAUCAAUUAGGUAAUUUAUUUGGCUGAUCUUCUAGAAGAGGAAUUCAAGAUUUUGCUUUAUAAUUUCUUUCACAAUUGUUCGUCUUUCCUUCACAACGAUAAACAAUCAAAUUUUCCCUUAUGAUUGACUAGAGUAUUGUUGAAAGGAAAUGAGUAUUGAAUGUACUCCUUGAAUCUUGCUAUGUUUCUGAUUUUCUGUAUAAAUACAUAAGUUGGACAAUUUGAAUGAACUUCUCAACCGCGCUA